AUGAUUCACCCAUUUAUCAAGGACAUCAUGGUUGACAUGGAGGAUACGACAUCAUCCCUUCGACUCAGUACUUCAAGAAUGCUUGACCACUUUAUCAGUUUGAUCCAUCAUGACAACAAUUCCCGCGCCCACUCUCAUAUAAACAAGGCUGUGGUCACCAACACUAUCAUACGCCCUUUCUUUCUUCUACUUGCAUCCAUCAUCAAUGGCUCUGCUCACAUCAUUGCUUUACCACUUGGCGUGCUCGUUGUUGCCUAA